UUGGCGUUUAUCCACGUGGACCCGUUUCAAAAAAAAAAGGAAAGAAAAAGAAAUCGCUUCUAAUCUCUACACCCACCUCCGCUUCCGCUCCGCCGCGCCGGCCAUGGCCGCCGCGUCCGCGGCCUUCCUCCUCCUCCUCCCGGCCGUCUCCCCAGCCGCCCCGACCCACCCGCGCCUCCUCUUCUCCUGCCCCCCCUACCGCUCGCGGCCUCGCCACCGGGCACGCCUCGCGGCCUCUCGGUCGUCGUCCGAUGGCGAGGGCGACGGCGGCAUCGUCACGGGGCCAGCGGGGGGAGGGGGAGGCGUCUUCCUCUCGCCGCGCGCGCUGUCGCAGCGCGACGAGCUCGCCGCCUUCCGCUACGCGCACUCCUUCCCGCACGGCCGCCUCACCGUGCGGGCGCUCACCCCGGCGGGCGACGACGACGAGUCCGACGCGCUCGUCCGCCUCCUCGCGUCGUCCUUCGCCGAGAACGUCAGGUGGGCACCCGCGCAGCGGUACGAGCAGCUCCUCGCGUUCGUCAUCCGCCGCUACCUCUUCGAGCGCCGCGGCCUCGCCCCGCACGCCGCCGUGCUCGUGGGGUACUACCGCCCCGCCGCCACGGGAGACGGGGAUGAGGAGGAGGGCGAGGGCAACGAGGACGACGACGACUACGGGGAGAUGGCGUGCACGGCGGAGGUGUCGCUGGACGCGGUGGGCGCGCCCGGUGCCCCGCCCACGCCCACGCCGCCGCUUGACUUCCCGUACAUUUGCAACAUGACUGUCAAGACGUCGUUGAGGAGGAGAGGAAUUGGAAAACAACUUCUUAAGGCAUGCGAGGAUCUGAUUAUCAAGAUGGAUGCCAAAAGGCACGUAUAUCUGCACUGUAGGAUAAUCGACCAAGUUCCAUUCAAUAUGUACAGGAAAGCAGGAUAUAACAUUGUCCAGACUGACAGUAUUUUGGUUUGGCUGAGCCUCCAAAAACGCAAGCACUUGAUGAGCAAGGAAUUACUGCAAACUUCUGUUAGCAGCAGGAGUACAGCCAAAGAUUUUGAUGAUAACAAAUUGACAAGCUGAGCAUGGUAGAGAACCAUCAGGUAUUCAUAAGAUUGAAUUUUCUGUAUAGCUCUAUGUUUCUAUUUCACCACUAAUAUUUUCAUGUGUAUAUUUUUUCUGUUGAAUAUCUUUAUGAUAAAACUAGCUAAUGCUGAUCAAGUGGCCAUCAGCCCAGCACAAAAUGGUUAUGGAAACCACUAAAAUGUUGUAGCCCAUAGGCUCUCGCUAAUCAGAAGUGAUUUCAAACUGCAAAACUCUGCUUGUUCAAAAACUGACCCCAGAUGGGUCCUUUGCUUUUGCCUUCGACAUAGAGAACUCUAAUAGUUUUAUGUCUAGGUCAUCACAGUGAUCAUAUUUCGUAUGUCCUAUUGUCUGAAUCUAACAAAAGUUCCUGCAAAUGAGAAAAAUAGGUGCCUGGUGUUGUCAUGGUAAAAAGUAACUCUUAUUGUGGAUGUGAUGGAUUGGCAAAGGGCCUUGUGUCAUUGAUCUUCCAAGCUGUUCUUAUAUUUGUUAAGCACAGCAAGCAGUAGCUCAUUCCACAUAUCAAUUGGUCCUGGCAGACACCAAUGCGAACAAUCACUGUAACCCCUCAUCCACUGGUUAUUCCAAUGGAUACCUGGGUGUGCAUCAGGCCUCAUUGACAUAGCUUUGGUUAUAUCUAUAAUCUCUAUUUUCACCCCUCCCUUGCCGUUGUUCUUUUUUGUUCUAUCAGCCUCUUCAACCUGUGCAUUUCUUAUUGCCCAUUCAGUUUGAUCAAUCAUUGCUUCCUCUCUCAGUGGUUCAGUUCUAUUGCAAGAUCCUCCAGUAUUCCACAAACCAUUUUCAAAAUGUGCUGAUGUUGCUGUUCUUACCACUGUCAAUUGCAAUCUGCACUCCUGGCUCUCUUUCAAAUUUUUUAGCGCUGUUCGAAAUACCCUCUGAAUAGCCAUAGGGACACUGAAGCUUGUGAUGUUAUCCUCUGAGCAGUAUAUGCAUCCAAUGAGCUCCUCACCUUCGUAAAGAUAGUUUCUUCUGAAGAACCAACGCGAGGUGGAUAUGACUAAAAUAUUGAUCUGGUGUAAGUUUGUAGCUAAUCUUGGAUCAAGUUUAUCCAAGUGUAUGUCAUGCUCUUCAACUACUGUACCAUUGAUUUGUCUUUGAGAAUCUUCUACUAUGAAUUUGGUCCAAA